GUAACUAGGUCACCAUAUAAUUUGCCAUGGAAAAGGGGGCGAGUUUAACGUGAGAGAAAUUGUCGUAUUCUGUAUUUAUUCCUACAUACUUCAGCGUAUCUUCAUCGUACGGACUACCGAGGAUUUUGCUUUUCCCCCUCCCGCUGACGCGCCGCCGUGGCGCCGCCACUGCCCAUAUUUUCACGAAGAAACAGAACUUUUAAACACAAUUUGGCUCCUUCAACUUCACCUUUGCUUCAAUAGAUUCCGUGAAACUGUUUGAUCUUGUUGUGAUAAAAUGGAAUCGCUAUUUGCUGGAACUUCGGGUUUGGUGAAGAACGAUGGGGCAUAUCUACUGGAUGCUAUUCUGCCAUUGUUGAAGCUAAUUUGCUUGACUGUUAUUGGUCUGAUUCUUGCACACCCAAAAACAAAACUUGUUCCCAAAUCCACUUUCAGGCUGCUUAGCAAGCUUGUAUUUGCUUUGUUCUUGCCCUGCACCAUCUUUAUUAACCUAGGGGAGACAAUUACUCUCCAGAAUUUUAUAAACUGGUGGUUCAUACCUGUGAAUGUUGUCCUUAGCACUGCCAUGGGUUGUUUAUUGGGAUAUUUGGUUGCAAAAAUAUGCAAGACACCACCAGAAUACCUUAGGUUCACUGUCAUUGCCACGGGUUUUGGGAACACGGGCAAUCUCCCUCUCGCGAUUGUGGGUUCGGUGUGCCAUAGUGAUGACAAUUUUUUCGGUCCGGAUUGCCAGAGCACUGGGGUGUCAUAUGUGUCUUUUGCCCAGUGGGUUGCAGUGGUUCUGGUUUACACUCUUGUUUAUCACAUGAUGGAGCCCCCGGUGGACUACUAUGAUGUGGUUGAGGAUGGCGUUGAGAUUCAAGAACAAUUGCCGCCUGUGAAUGAUCUGAGUAGGCCGCUUCUCGUGGAAGCGGAGUGGCCUGGGAUGGAAGACAAAGAAACCGAGCAUUGCAAAACGCCAUUCAUAGCAAGGACUUUCGCGAGUGUCUCGGGCGUUUCACAAGGUUCACUAGAGGAACUUGAGCUCCCGGGGGAAGUAGCUUUAAGGAGUCCAAAAUCGAUUCGAUGUUCGGAUGAUUUGGAAGCGGCUCCAAGCACCGUGGAGUCGAUUAGGUGCUUGGUAGAGCCACGGGUGGUGAGGAAAAUAAGAGUUGUCGCUGAACGAACCCCAAUCCAGCACGUCCUUCAGCCCCCAACACUGGCAACCCUACUAGCCUUCAUCGUCGGAAUGGUUCCUUCCUUGAAAUCCAUCGUUUACGGGGACGAUGCGCCUUUGUCCUUCAUCACAGACAGUUUAGACAUAAUGGCACAAGCAAUGGUGCCUUCGGUUAUGCUGAUUCUCGGGGGAAUGCUGGCCGAGGGUCCAAACGAGUCUAGACUCGGCAUUAGAACUACGGUUGGGAUCAUCAUUGCAAGACUUCUUAUCCUACCCUUAGUGGGGAUCGGGGUGGUCGCCUUGGCUGAUAAAAUUGGCAUUCUGAUCCCCGCAGAUCAGAUGUACAGGUUCGUGCUUUUGCUGCAGUACACGAGCCCGAGCGCCAUCUUGUUGGGAGCUGUGGCGAGGCUGAGAGGCUACGCGGUUAGUGAAGCCUCAGCACUUCUGUUCUGGCAACAUGUUUUGGCAUUGUUUUCUCUGUCAAUUUAUGUCAUCAUCUACUUCAAACUACUGUAUUCUUAUGUUUAAGGUCAGCUUAUUAAUUAGAUCCUCUUUAUUGUUAGCAUAUACCUAUGUUAAAUUGUACUCAAUCCAUAAUAUGCUAACAGCUAAACAGUUAGUAUUUCAUUGUAUCUAAUGAUAUUUCUGCUUCUAA